AUGGAUUCAGCUACGAAUGUGAAUGGUGCGACGAGGAUUAGAGAUUUCAUAGCAAAUGAAGUUUCUGAUUGGGACGACGAAGUGAUUGCCUUUGCUCGAUUCAAAGCCUUUUCCGGUCAAAGAUGCGAUUGGGAACCCACCUUCCUCUUCUGGAAACACUUGAUCAUCAAAAUCGCCACCCAUUUUCGCCUCCUCCUCAUUCGACCCUCCCAGGUCAAGAAUGAUUGGUUUAAUCGACGAGGGUUAACCCCUUUGUGUCUUGACAAUGUACUGUCUCUAAUGUAUAAUGAAGGUGACAUCACAAGAACUGUGGAUCUUGCGGAUCCAACGAGCGGGCGAUUCUCCCAACUAGUCUGGAGAGUGAGUAGCUUGAUAACAAGAUCACCAACUCCAGAUAUUAUGGCUGAACAAUGUGUUAUCGUAACUGCUAUGCUUAAGGAUAAGGCUGCUGAAGUUGUCAGACAUCUAUCUGAAAGUCACUGGAAUUCAUCUUGUAUCGUCACAAUGAAGAAAUUUCACGACAUAUGUGAAAGGAUUGGUAUUAAGGAGUGUUAUUAG